AUGAUUUCUGCCAUGGCGGAUGAGAAACAUAGGGAGUAUUUCAGGUUGUUCUACUUUCAGUAUAUGAUAGUAGGCCUCUGUACGAUAUUAUUCCUUUAUUCAGAGAUAUCACUGGUGCCUAGGAGCCAGAAUGUCCAAUUUAGUCUUGACAAUCCUAGUAUAUCAAAAAGCUACGUGGCUAACGAACUGGUAGGCCCCCUGGGUUGCUUGAUUUUGAGUGUUGGGCUGAGUAACUUGGUGGUGUUUUGGACCUGUAUGUUCGACAAGGACCUACUGAAAAAGAAUAGAGUAACCUGGAUAAGAGAGAGGCCAGACGGUAUCUCAAAGGAUUUUCACUUUAUGCACACUAGUCUUCUGUGUUUGAUGUUAAUAGUAAGCAUUAAUGCCGCCCUAACGGGCGCCUUAAAGUUGAUUAUUGGAAAUUUGAGACCAGAUUUUGUUGACAGAUGUAUACCUGACCUUCAAAAGAUAAGUGACUCGGAUUCUUUAGUUUUUGGGUUGGAUAUCUGUAAGCAAACAAACAAAUGGGUUCUUUAUGAAGGAUUAAAAAGCACGCCGAGUGGACAUUCAAGUUUUAUAGUAAGUAGCAUGGGCUUUACGUAUCUUUGGCAGAGGGCAUUCACCACUCGCAGUACAAGAAGUUACAUUUGGUGCCCUUUACUCGCGCUAGUGGUGAUGGUCUCAAGAGUCGUUGAUCACAGGCAUCAUUGGUACGAUGUUGUCUCAGGUGCUGUGCUAGCGUUUCUGGUAAUUUAUGGUUGUUGGAAAUGGACAUUCGCCAACGUGCCGAAAAGAGACAUUCUUCCUUCACCAGUCAGUGUUUAG